AUGUUAGAAGAAAAUGAUUAUGAUGAUGAUGAUGGUGAUGGCAGUAUUAGAGAUCCAUCGAUUACUCUUAAAUAUCAGAAAUAUAAAACUUGGUUAUACGUAAUUCUUCUUAUAGUAUGUCUCUACGUAUUAUUCUAUGUUACUCUGAUAAAAAAAGAAUCUAAAACAGUUGUCAUCAAAAAUAUCACACCUGAUAUUUUCAAUAAACUUUAUUUAGAACAUGGUCAAUCUCUUUCAUGUCCAUGUUCAACAGUUAUGAUACCAUAUGAAAAUUUUGUUUCUAACAAUGUUACAAUGCAUCCAAUUUGUUCGAGUGUCUUUAUUGGAAAACAAUGGAUUGAUGGGUUAUAUUUUAUAGAUGCAAAGUCGUUGGGACCAUGGGAUUUUCGGAAAACAGCGUUUUCACAGUUUAAUCUUCUAUCCAAAUUUUGUUCACUUUCUCAAGAAAUCAAUUCUCAAACUCAAAUCGAUAUUGAUCAUACUGAUUUUUUUGCCGUUGAACUUCUCUCGGAAACACAAGUUCAAAAAGAAAUCGAUGGUGUUAUUGAAUUUGAAAAAACUAGUGCAUCUAGUCGAAUGAUGACAUUCGUGAAUUAUAUAAGAACAACAAUUCAAGGAAACUAUUUAGUUUCGGCUCUUGGUACAAACUGGAUAAUUACAACCUAUUACGAUCUCAGCGGAUACUAUUCCGUAACUGGAGUACAAGUGGAUCAAUCAGCUUCAGGCUUUUCAAGCAUAUUUUGCAGUAGAACCGUGAUAUUAAUUGCAGCUACUCUAUCCGAAUCAUCGAAUGAUUCCAUAGCAUUUUAUAAUAUGCGAGAAAUGACCCUAAGAGACAAUUCAACAAUUGUUAAUGGCUUCUUUGUAGGAUGCACUCCUCUCGAAGCAAUUUUUCAAAGUACACUGGAUUGUUUAUACGAGUUGGAAUGUCUUCAGCUUUUAUUUGAUUACUUUCCAAAUCUCAAUCAAUUGAAUUUCACUGCAAACAAUUCGAUUUUAUCUUCAGAACAUGACAAUACUACUGUAAUUAACUACUUAAGUCGUCUUUUUAUUAACAAUUGGUCAUCAAAAAUUAAUUAUUCAGAAUAUUUUAAUCGAUGCUCUCCAUCAAUGUGCACAUAUACAAUAACAGAUCGAACGGAUUUAUCUUAUGCGAUUACUCUUUUUAUUAGUCUUUAUGGUGGUCUCAUUAUUAUACUUCGUUUAGUUGCAUCCUAUUUCAUCAAUAUUUUAUCCAAAUUUACAAAUCGUUCAAAUCAUCAAAAUACAAAUGCAUUGACACUUAUUGAAUCAAUAAAACGACUAAAUUUCUUCAAGAAUAUCAAUGAUCGAACAGAGGAUAGUAUUAAACAGCAAAGAAUUACUACACGUGUCUAUCUAAUUCUAUUAUUUGGCUCAAUAUGUAUUCUUUGUCUCUUCACGUCAUUCAAUAGUGAAAUAGUAUUGAUAACUGUAUCAUCUCCUUCAUUAGCAACUUACAACUCAUUGGAGAUUGCAUAUUCAGAAACACUUCGAUGUCCAUGCUCAAACAAAACAAUACCGUAUCACACAUUUGUCUCUACUUCUCUACGUUUUCAUCAAAUAUGUACAAGUGAUUUUGUUGAUGAUGAUUGGAUUCAAAUAGUACGAAACAACAUAGGUUACAAUAUCAACAACGAUUGGCGUAAUGAUGCAGGCGGAGAAUUUCAAACAUUAUCUGAUUUUUGUCGACUAGCAAAUAAGACAAUCGAUGAUGCUACGGAUAGAUUUCUAUCACAAUUCUUCAUUGCUUCUUCUCUAAUGAAUGAAAUUGAUUUUAAUCGACAGUUAUACGCAAUACUCAAUCAAUUUCAUCAAUCAACACUUUAUAAUUUUAAUUUGGUUAAAGAUCUGGCACAAUUUAUUUUGCAAGUUGAUCAACUCUAUAGAGGAUCAACCGCAGGCUUUACUGUAUACGAUUAUGAGGAUCUGGUUAUCAAUUUCAUAACAAAUGAAACAAAUAAUGAUACAACGGUACAGGGACAGUUUAUCUUGAAAGAAAUUCAAGAAAUCAAUUCUACGAUGACGACAUGCGUUUGCGCUAUAAACCCAUAUUGUCAAAAUCCGGCUUUUAUUCAAUUUGAGUAUACUGACCUUUCGUCGAUUUAUGAUAUACCUGGUUGGAAACAAGGAUGUUCCAGAAUCGAUUCGCUACAACUUUCGACACUUGAAUGUUUAUAUCCAGAUUCCACUUCAGAUUGUUUUUCGACCUUAAUGAGUACUAUGGGCAAGCUAUCGUAUUACUCUUGGUUUCUCACAUCAUUAACGCUUCAUAUUGAACCACUAAUUUAUGAUCCAACUGUAAGUCGUUAUCCUCCCAAUACACCCAUGUCAUCAAUUUUCAGUGAAAUGAUGCUUGAACAAUGGAAUUCAUCAGCAUCGUAUAAAAUCUUCUACGAAUCAUGUGCACCAACUUAUUGUUCAUAUUCUCAAAGAAUUCAUAAACAAACUUUUAUUGGAAUAAUCGUGACAUUUGUAUCGUUGAUUGGCGGAAUAGUAGUUUCAUUACGUCUGGUAACACCUCAUGCUGUAAAAUUCAUUCUAAAAUUCUUGACUAAAUCCAAGAAAAAGCCAAAACAAACAAUACAAGUUCGUGGUAGUUGUCUCGAUCGAUUGAAAAUGCUUAUACAAAGUUUGAUUAAACUUUUACCUACUAAACUCAUUGAAUUCAAUAUGUUUAUAUCACGUGAUAUUGGAAGCGAUGUUAAUCAAGUUAGAGCAAAAAUUUACGGUCAAUGGGCAACUCGUCUUUAUAUGAUUUUAUUCAUUAGUAGUCUCACUAUUCUUAUCUUCUAUACUGCUAUUCAACCAAAAGCUUUGAUAAAGAAUUUUGAUCAACCAUCUUAUACGUAUUACAACCAUUUGAAAGAAGUUUAUGGUGUUGAUUUGAAAUGUACAUGCUCAAAUAUUGCAUCGACAUAUAAUCAAUUUGUCGAAAUUCAACCAGUAUUUCAUUCGAUUUGCUCAAGUCAUUUUGUUUCGGAAGAAUGGCGACUUGAUCUGACAAACGGUCUUGUUUCUAAUUUAUCUGUUUAUAAACAAAAUGAUUAUCGUCGAUUUCUUUCUGCUCAUUUACAAUAUCUUCAAGGAUUAUGUCAAUUUUCUAUGCAAUCUGUAAAUAAUUCCAUCAAUGGAUUUCUAACAUCAUUAUUAGUUACUAAUGAACUUUUAUCCAAUAGUAGUUUUUAUGAUCGUCUUGAUCUCUUAACUGAACAGAGUAAAUCGAAUGCUCCUAUCUUACUCUCUCGACUUCUCUCGUUGAUUCGAGAUAUAAAUCAUGGAAAUGCUUUCAUCUCAAUAUAUGGAACAAAUUUUAUAUAUAUACCGAUGGUUCCAGAAGUUUUCUAUGGUUAUACACCUACAGAACCUAUAAUCUAUGAUGAUGAUUGUUCUUGUGGAUUAUUUCCAAAUUGUACAACUCAAGCAACUUUUAUUGAAACAAAUUCAUCGAUAAAAAUGUCUGUCAAAGGUAUGAAAAUAGGUUGUAUACCAAGUGAAUCACUUCUUGCUUCGACUCUCGAAUGUUUUUAUGAUCAAUCAUGCCUUGAUCUUAUUCAACACUAUACAAAUUAUAGAAAUUCUUCAACUCCUCUUUCAACAACAACAACUACUCGUUUUACAUCAAAUACAACAAUAGAUGAACUUAAAAAUAAUUUAUUCAUUGAACGUUGGUCAACACAAAUUAAUUAUUUGUCCUAUUAUGAACAAUGUUUACCAUCAGUUUGUUCUUAUACGAAUAUUGAAAAAUUUAAUCUUCUUUACACAAUCACUGUUAUACUUGGUCUUCAAGGUGGUUUAACAAUCGUUCUCAAAUGGAUUUGUCCAAAACUUGUUCGAAUUGGAUCAAAAAUCUAUCAUCGUCGAAAAAGACAAAUAAGUUCUAAUCAAGUAUCACCCAGUAUGAUUACUGAAACAAAUAUUCAAUAUACUACAUGGAAUUCUGAGACGACAAUAGUGAUUAUCAGAUCUCAGAAUGAUGUUAUCUCACCGACUCGAUCUACUUUCAAAAUAGUUAUAGGCAUUAUACUUUUAAUUUGUUUGAUCAUAGCCAUCGUUAUUUUUUCAAUCUGUUAUGCUCGACAAGAUUCGACAACGACGAAUCCACCACUUCAUGACAGUUUUAAUACAACAUUAAGCACAACAAAGACAAUAUCUUCAAGUACAUCAGAACCAAUAUGUCAAUUUCAUUUCGAACGAGUAAUGAUUGAUACACAAUGUUUGGAGACAAAUUUAGUUGCAAGUGUUCUUAUCGAUUUUAAUGAUGAUAAACAAAUGGAUCUAAUUUUGUACUGUGAUUAUACGCAAACGAUUGAUAUAUUACUUGGGAAUGGUAACGCCACAUUUCGAGAAAUGUGUAAGAUUUCCUUAAGAAUGAAUUCUUCGGUACUUUUCAUUCGUGUUGCUGACAUGGAUAAUGAUAGUCGACUCGAUCUAAUUAUAUUAUAUCAAAAUGACUAUGACUCAUAUGAAAUUGUUAUUUUAUUUGGUUCUGUGGAUCUUAAUAAAGAUCAAAUGUUGGAUAUAGUUGUUCUGUUAAUAUUUGACAAUUAUGUUUAUGUCUAUUUUGGAGAUAUUAAUGCAACAUUUUCAUCGCAGUCAAUGUUGUUUAUAGGACUCGGUAGUGCACCGAAACAAUUAGGUAUUGCUGAUUUCAAUAAUGAUAAUUAUUUAGAUAUUGCUGUGUUGAAUGAUGCUUCUCUUCAUAUUCAUGUAUUUCUAUCGAAUAGUAGCACAGGUUUUCAACCACAGAAACGAUUUUUCACUGCAUAUGACAUUGAAUCGUUUGAUAUGGUAGUUGGUGAUUUCGAUAAUGAUAAUCAAUCUGAUAUCGUUGUUAUACAUGAAUUGAUAAAUACUGUUUGUAUGUUAUAUCAAUUUAACAAUGGUACUUUCAAUGUUAAUAAUCAAAUUGUAACAAAUUAUCCUGUAGCAUUGGAUAUAAUUGCUAUAGGUGAUUUAAAUGGGGAUAAUUAUUUAGAUAUAAUUAUUGGCAGUAUUUCUCCAUAUAAAACAUAUGGAUUCCUUGGAGGUGGAAAUGGAAAUUUUCAAUCACAAAUUAUCGAUUCGAGUGAGCUUGAAAUUAGUAAACGAUGGAUUGGUGCCAGUGAUUUCAAUAAUGAUAAUUGUCAAGAUAUAAUAAGUAUGGACGACACGUCUGGCACCAUAAACGUUCUUUUAAAUACAUGUGGAUGUUCCAGAAAUUAA